AAUAAAAACAGCUCUUCUUUCAUCGCGACAGAAAAAAACACCUCCUAUCUUUAUUCGUAUAUAUUAUAGAGAACAACCGCCGCAGGAGAAACCAGAGAAGGUGUCUCCAGGCGUCUCCAGGUGUCUCCAGGUGUCCGUGUCCAGGCGUCUCCAGGUGUCUCCAGGUGUCUCCAGGUGUCUCCAGGUGUCUCCAGGUGUCUCCAGGUGGGACAGUAUGAGCUCUAAAGGCGGCGGCACGGCUUUGACGCGCCGUAACUACAGACUGGCUUCAGACACAGACAAACCCAGAUCUACAGGCAUCGUGAACGAGAAGCUUCUGAGUGACUACCUGCACCAUGUGUUCCCCCCCUCCACCAAUCAGGGCCCUGCUCUGGCCUCCCUCAGGAAGCCUCUGGGGUUCCAGGACCUCGGGGCUCACCUGGAGAAGCUGCUGUCUGAAGGAGAGCCAGCGGAGGACAGCAGAGAUGAAGCUGUUGAAGGACGUCUCGGUCCUCAGCCCGUUGUUCUCGAUCACACCAGUGGCUUCGAGGGGCUUCUGUUCGUAGACGAUGACCUGCUGGGGGUCAUCGGGCACAGCAACUUCAGCUCCAUCAGAGCCACCACCUGUGUUUACAAAGGGAAGUGGGCGUACGAGGUUCUGAUCUCCUCUCAGGGUCUGAUGCAGAUCGGCUGGUGUACUCUCAACUGUCGCUUCAACCAGGAGGAGGGAGUAGGGGACACCCCCGACUCGUAUGCGUACGAUGGGAACAGAGUGAGGAAGUGGAACGUGACGACCACGAACUACGGGAAGUCGUGGGCGGCGGGGGACAUCGUCAGCUGUCUGAUCGACCUCGACGAGGGAACCAUCACCUUCUGUCUGAACGGCCAGUCUCUGGGAACAGCGUUCACCAACAUUAAGACGGGUCCCGGCGUGGCGUACUUCCCGGCCAUCAGCCUCUCCUUCAAAGAGUCCGUGGCGUUUAACUUUGGCAGCAGACCUCUCAGGUAUCCGGUGGAGGGCUACCUGCCGCUGCAGAACCCCCCCACUGCAGACCUGAUGAAGGCUAACAAGCUGCUGGGAUUCAUCAAGACCGUUCUCUCCACCUCCAUCGAUACCCAGGAGGAGCGUCUGCUGGAGAGGGAAUUCACAGGUUGGAGGCUUCACGGAGAACCCACCGUCCUCGUCACUCUCGCUCACAUCUUCAACCACUUCGCUCCACUCAUGUGUAAGGUGUACCUGGUGGAGGACGUGCUGAUGAACUUCCUGCUGGGCAUCCUGGAGGGGGGGGGCUCUGUAGACGAGCACCCUCUCAUCCAGCAGCUCCUGGAUCUGUUCUGGCUGCUGAUGGAGGACUAUGAGGUCAGCGAGUGUCUGAAGCAGCUGAUGAUGUCUCUGCUCAGAGCUUAUCGUUUCUCCCCCAUCAUCCCAGACCUGGGCUUCCAGAUCCACUACCUGCGCCUCACCACAGCCGUCCUGAACCACGAGAAGUCCAGGAAGUACCUGCUCAACAACGUGCUGUUUGACGUCCUCCGCUCCGUGGUCUUCUUCUACAUUAAAACUCCUCUCAGAGUGAAGGAGGCGGGGCUAGAGGAGCUGAUCCCUACAACAUGGUGGCCUACACACUUUGAUAAGGAGGGUAAGGAUGAGCGCGAGCCGAGCGAUGAAAGUGCCGACGAGCGUUUGAGACGACGAGCGUACGAGAGAGGCUGCCAGAGGCUGAAGAAGAGGAUCGAAGUGGUGGAGGAGCUGCAGGUUCAGAUCCUGAAGCUGCUGCUCAACAACAAAGACAAAACCACGGGAGAAGCCUCGCGUUACAUCUUCCUCAACAAGUUCAGGAAGUUCCUGCAGGAGAACGCCAGCAACAGAGGGCACCCCACGGCUCUGUGUCCUCCGGAGUACAUGGUGUGUUUUCUGCACCGCCUCAUCACGGCCGUCAGGAUGAGUUGGGACGAGGGCCGGCGCCAGAGCGAGGAGGCCUACGUCCCCCCCCAGCUCUUCUACAACGGGAAGGUGGAUUACUUCGACCUUCAGAGGCUGGGAGGGCUGCUGUCACACCUCAAGAAGACCCUCAAAGAUGAUCUUGCGAGUAAAGCGAACAUCAUCAUCGACCCGGCAGAGAUCCAGGCGUCGUCCAUGGACGACCUGGACGAGGACGAGGAGAGCGGAGCGGCACAGCGUCCGUUUGGCGCGGCGGUGGGGGGGGCGCUGGCCCGGCCCAGCUGGCUGAGCUCUCCAACGCUCGGACGGGCCAAUCGCUUCCUGAGCACCGCGGCCGUCAGCCUGAUGACCCCCAGACGACCUCUGAGCCAGCCCGAGAAGGUCAAGGUCAGGACGCUGGCCGUGGAGCAGCGCACAGAGGACGACAUCGAGGGUAGCCAUGGUAACGACGGGCUGUUGCUGGGGCGACCGAUGGAGGAGCCCGAGCAGCCAAUCGCUGACAAGUCUCUGCUGGAGAUCGUGGACGGGAUCGUGAUGAUGUACAACCUGAGCGUCCACCAGCAGCUGGGCAAGAUGGUGGUGGUCUCAGACGACGUCCAUGAGUACGCUGUGGCUCUGAAGGACACCGAGGAGAAGAUCGCCCGCUGCCCGGCUAAAAGAGCGGACAUCCUGGACGAGCUGCAGAAGAGUCAGAAGGUGUUCUCAGAGAAGUUGAACCACCUGAGCCGCAGACUGGCCUGGAUCAACGCCACCAUCUACUCCAAGGAGAAGAUGCUGGACGUGUACUGGCUGCUGUGUGUGUGCAUCAGGACCAUUGAACACGCUGAUAACACAGGCUCUCUGUUCGCCUUCGCUCCGGAGUUCUACCUGAACGUGGCGAUGAACGCCUACAGCGCUCUGAAGAACUACUUCAGCCCCGCCAACAGCAUGGAGGAGCUGCCAGGUUACGAGGAAACGUUGACUCAGCUCGCAGCGAUCCUCGCCAAACACUUUGCAGAUCCACGUAUAGUGGGGACAGAUAUCAAGGACUCCCUGAUGCAGGCGCUGGCGAGCUACGUCUGUUACCCACAAUCCCUCAGGGCGGUGGAGCGAAUCCCAGAGGAACAGCGCGUGGCGAUGAUGAGAAACCUGCUCGCCCCCUACGAGCAGCGGCCCUGGGCUCAGACCAACUGGAUCCUGGUGCGCCUCUGGAGGGGCUGUGGUUUCGGCUACAGAUACACUCGUCUUCCUCACCUUCUGAAGACCAAACCAGAGGACGCCAACCUGCCCAGCCUACAGAAGCCGUGCCCCUCGCUGCUGCUUCAGAGACACAUGGCGGAGCUGCUGAGCGUCGAUAAAGAAAUGGCCGCCUCGUUCCUGAACAGCGUCUUGAACCAGCUCAACUGGGCCUUCAGCGAGUUCAUCGGCAUGAUCCAAGAGAUCCAGCAGGCUGCAGAGCGUCCAGAGAGGAACUUUGUGGACACUCGUCAGCUGAAGGUGUGUGCCACGUGCUUUGAUCUGUCCGUCAGUCUGCUCCGGGUUCUGGAGAUGACAGUGACUCUGGUUCCUGAGAUCUUCCUGGACUGGACCCGACCGUCUGCAGAGCUGCUGCUGCGGAGACUCGCUCAGCUGCUGAACCAGGUGUUGAACCGAGUGACGGCCGAGAAGAAUCUCUUCGAUCGAGUCGUCAACCUGAGACUGCCAGGAUCUCCCGGGCCUCCUCAGUGUUGCUGUCUGAUCCGUGUUUCCAGCUGCACUCCAUCCAGCACCUGUUGGGGGAGGACUCUUCAUCCUCCUCCUCCUCCUCCUCUUCAUCACUCCCUGCCUCCUCCUCCUCCCGGCCUGUGAUUGGCUCUCUGGGAUCAGCUGUGACUCCUGCGAUCCCGUCAGCUGCUGCCAACACGAACUCUACGGAAAGAAAACACUUCUCUCUGCACGCAUACUCAGACUACAUCAGUGAGGAGGAGAAGCAGAAAGUGGAGCUGAUGUUAGCGUUCCUGACCGAGGAGAACCAGCAGGCAGCAGCUAGUACCGCCCCGACCAGCGAGGAGGACCUCUGUCCCAUCUGCUACGCUCACUCCAUCUCCGCCGUCUUUAAACCCUGCUCACACAAGUCCUGCAAAGCGUGCAUCAACCAGCAUCUGAUGAACAACAAGGACUGUUUCUUCUGCAAAGCCACCAUCACCGGGGUGGAGGACUACAGCAAGCCCUGCUAACACACACACACACACACACACACACACACACACACACACACACACACACACACACACACACACACACACACACACACACAGUUUCUCUCAGCGUGUUUUAGGGCCGCUGGAGGUAUACAAUGUUUAAAACAUGAAGGAGAUAUUCAGAGAUAAAAGUGUCAUUUACAAAUAAUUAAAAUAAAUAUUCUCUGAGAUUAAAGUCCUGAAUUAAUGAGCAAAUAACUUUCAUAAUGUCUGAUAUUAAAGCCGUUAAAUAACAAGGAUUACACUCAGAUCAAUUAACAAGAAGUAGCUAUAGUAAGUCCCACUUUAGAAGAGAGAUGCUGAUGAUAUAUGUUAAUUUAUAUUUUGGCAAAGUUUAAAGUCCAACAUAAAAAGACAAAAAAUGAUUGGAUAUUCUUGGAAAAUAACAAAAAAAACUACAAAUAUAAUGUGAAAAAUACAAGAUUAAAGGAGUACAUUCACACAAAAAGACAAAAAAUAUGUUUAAAUGUCUGAAAAUGACUUCAAAGAGACACAACAUGACUU